UUUUAGUUGGUAACCCAGCUCAGCUGUCUGCGAUUGACAUUCCGUAUCCGUGGACGUUUCUCCAACCGGAUUAUCGUCGUAUCACUUACUAGCACCGCAUUUAUAAUUGUGAGAUAGUUCGUGCACAGUUAUCUAAAACAUUGCGUCGCAAUACAUCCACCAUGUCUCGUCUCAGGUUUUGUUUGUUGUUAGUGGUACUAUGCAGUUGUUCGCAGUACGGUGCUGGUGAUCCGAUCACAACACCAAAAACAAUCAUCAUUCCCGUGGAUCCUCACAAAGACUUGACCACCCCUGAACCGGAUACAACGCCCGCGCCUACUACGACUGCUGCGCCCACCACCCCACCGACGACCCCACCGACAACACCCCCAACUACGCCCCCAACUACUCCCCCAACUACGCCCCCAACUACUCCCCCAACUACGCCCCCAACCACUAAACCCACGACGACCACAACACAAGCGCCAACUCCGGCCCCCACUCCAGCCCCAGCUCCAGCCCCAACCCCAGCCCCGGGACCCCUUCCUCCCCCAGACCAAGGAACAUGGAUGUACACAGACAGCAAGAAUGUGACUUGCAUCUUGGUGCAGUUUGCAGCUCAACUCAAUGUUACUUACACCAAGGUUGUCGACAGCGUAACCUCUCUAUCGUACGUCAAGUUAAACGUGCCAGUAAACGCGACAGUUGUCAACGGCAGCUGCGCGGACGCCGACCAGUGGCUGAUAAUCAGCUGGAUGAGCUCCGUCAACUCGACCAUGGCCAACAACAUGACGUUUGUGUACCAGAGGAAUGAUACCACAAAGGAGUAUGGACUGAAGAGUCUGAAUGUCUCCCUGUCUCCUGAUAACUUUGUUAAUGGAUCAUCAAAGGAGCCAAUGGACCUCUACCACGGCGCGGAGUGGCUGACUCCCCUGGCGACAUCCUACCGCUGCAAGCCGGAGACCCGCCUCAACAUGACCUCGGAGUCGGCCAGUGCCGUCGCCGUGCUCACGCUGUCGAGGCUGCAGGAGGAGGCCUACAGGACUGUGCCCGAUACCAAGUUCAGCGCUGCUCGUGAAUGCGGCGGCGGCGACGUCCCUGACGCGGUGCCCAUCGCCGUGGGUUGCGCGCUGGGCGGGCUGGUGGUGGUGGUGCUGGUGGCCUACCUGGUGGGCCGGCGCCGCUCGGCUGCCCGCGGGUACCUCUCCAUGUAGGCUGUGGCUAAAGCAGCCGUUCGGAGAAUCGGCGAUAGUAGUCAAUACGUGAAAUGAAAAAAUAUAGAAAACAGUUAUACAUUGUUUGCAUCGCAUUUACCCGCACCUGGCUAAAUCACACCUGUCUAUCCCUCAUUAUUAUUAUAUAGCCAUCUCAUUUAGCAAAAAAAAAAACAUAAAAAUAUGUCCUUUGAAAGGCCUUGUUCUUCUGCUUAUUAAUCAAAAUCAUCAGUAUUUGGCCGAAGUUCCCGGUCUAUGUGCAAACAUUAACGGUCAUUCCCCAAUACUCUAACCGAUGUUUUGUUUCAUAGGGAUAGAAUAUUGACAUCAGUGUUGCCUUUCUCUCUAUUAAGCAAAACCAACAGAUUGAUUGAAUAUGGGGACGGCAGUUAGGUGAAAUACGUAUUCCUUUUUUAAUCUCUAAUCCCAUAUUUUGUUUUACCUAUUUCCUGUUUUCGAAGCUUUGCACACUGACCGGUAAUUUAGAAAUAAAAAUUAUAAUAAAAAUAGCUCAUGUAUUGAGAUAACAUUAUAAUUAAAAUUUUCAGUUUUAGCGGGCAGAUAGUGUAUAGUUGAAUUUGCUCAAAAUUAUAAAAAAUACUGAUUAUUCCAUAUUUUGAUUCAUUGAUUUUAAAAUAAUUCCUUUUAAUCGGUUUCCUAUUAUGACUGUAUCCAUUAUCAACUUUAAUUUCUUAUAAAACAGCUAUGUUAUGUGAAAAAUAAUAAAACUUUAAAAAUUAUAAUACUUUAAGCCAUUUUCGUUUCGGCCAUAAUAGUGUAAAAAAAUGCUAUAAAAAUCCAAUUGAUAUAGAUACAGUAACAUUGUAAAAAUGUGAUGUAGUAGUAAUUAUUAACGAAGGAGGGUAGAAUAGUAUAUUAUGUUCGUCAAAAUUUGCAAUAAUUAUAAUAUUUAAAUAUUCAUGAUUUUUUAGACUUUUAUAUUUUGUAUGUGCUUUGUUUAGUCCAAAGAUGUUAUCAUUUCAGUUAUAUGCAAGUAUAACUUAACAUUGUAUGUAUAUGGAGUCAAUUUUUUUGUCGAAAAUGUCCAUAAUAUCCGUAAAUAUAAUAAUUAAAUCCGUUUUAGUUAUAGUUAGUCUAUAAUAAAAUGAAUGCAGUGUCUUUAUUUUAUUAGAAUUUAGUAUUCAGACUAUUUUAAGUGUAACAAUUUAAAGCUGGACAAUAUCAUUGCUGUAUUUAUGUAGAUCUGUGGUCAUCAAUGUUGCCAUGUAAAAAAAUAAAACAUCACCUAAGUACAAUGGAAAAAAAAUUGCUUAAAUAUUCGAAAAGGAGCUCUCUGUGAGAAUGGCAACACUGAUAACUUCAGAAUGGACAUUUCAUUAAUACUGUGGUCUCAGAGUAUAAAUAAAUAAUAUUUGUAAAUGGCAAUGAAUUGCCCAGAGUUGUGGCAGUUUCCUUGCAGUCGAGGAUAUCAACAACUAAUACACAAUACUACAAUUAUAUCAAGUCUCGGCAAUAAUAUCGACUGCAGGUAACUCGCCGGGUGAUGGAACGCGAAGGGUAUCGGGACUCAGGUUCCGCUUAGGACCUGAUAUACGGCCCACUUAUAAGACUUCUAUUUUUAACACUUGAUUGAUUCCUCUACCUAAACAGUUGGCCGUAUAGCAGGUCGGUGACAAACUUACUAAAAAUGUGACUUUAAUACUAAAACUAAGACAUCUCAGUUUAGUAUCAAAUAUUCAUUUUUUCGUAAGCCGUGCCGAUUGAUGUACACGAUUCGAAAAAAAGAAAUAAAUGUUUUUUAUUGCCA